UCUUUCACUAUGAAUGAUUCCUUUCACAAUCAUCUUCACUUAAAAUCUUAUCAAUAAUUGCAGGAGAUUCUUCACUCUUUGACAACCUUGUCCCAGAAUGCUCAGCGUGCCUGUGAGUUCCUGAAUGAUCUACCUGGGAUCAAAUGCCAACCAGCGAGGGGGGGAGUUUUUAUUUUUCCCCGUCUGCAUUUACCACCUCAGAUGGUAGAGGAGGCCAAGAUGUUAGGAGUGGAGGCAGAUGAGCUUUACUGCCAGAGGUUACUGGAGGAGGAAGGUGUGCGUUUGGGAGCCGGCAGUGAGAACGGACAAGUAGAUCCAAACUUCCACAUCAGGUUGUGUGUUUUGGCUCCUCCCGACACCCUGGAAGAGAUCUUGGCACGACUUCACUCUUUCCACCUGCGCCUGCUGGAGAGGUUUCCCUGAUUCAAGGACACAGACUCAGGGGGGAAAUACAGAAUCCUGGUCAACACUAAAUACUUUUUUAUUACUGCUAAUUGUUUGAUUGAUUAUAACUUUUUUUUGGAUGCUUCAGCCUAAAUUAUACUUCAUGACUUUUAAAACAGGAUUUAAGCUGUCCACUGACACUUUUUGAAUAUUUCAGAUUCAUCUCACCUCUUUAAAUAACAAACAUGUAACAAAUGUUUUAUUUUUCUGAAAUGCAUUUAAUGCAUAUAACACUCAGUGUUUCCAUUAAAAACACAACAUUAAAUCAAACAACAAAAUAAAUACUACAAACAUACGUAUACUAUAAACAAUGUGUAAAAUACUACUCUAGGGUCCUGCUUUCAAAACUUUACUUUAGGAAAACCAAGUGUCAUUAGAUGUAGUACUGUACUUGAAGUUUGAAGAUUAUUGGAAUGAAAUACAAAAUAAAUGUAGACUGUAAACCAUUGUGGAUUCUUCUUCUCUUUUAAAAUACUCUUUUAAAUUAUUGUAACGUGUAACUGCCAUAUUCUUGUUUUCACUCUCACCCCCUUCUACACCCCCAAAAGUCUAACACUUUGUUAUAUUUCUGUACCUGUGUUGUUUUUUUCUGGCUCUGCAGGGGUUAUGUAAGGAGAGGUGAGACAGAUGCUGGAGGGAAAAUAGAUUCCCAGUUCAAAAGCUGGCUGUGUGUGUGUGUGUGUGUGUGUGUGUGUGUGUGUGUGUGUGUGUGUGUGUGUGUGUUCACUGUCAAUCUUCUGAGUAUAAAAGCCAUACACCACACUCAGACAGACCAUCAUCCAAUCAUGAUGAAAGUGGCCCUUGUCCUGCUGUUUGCUGCCUACGCUCACGGGUGCGGCACCCCCAACUAUCCUCCCUCUGUGAGCCGCGUUGUGAACGGAGAGGAUGCUCGACCCUACAGCUGGCCCUGGCAGAUCUCUCUGCAGUAUCUCAGUGGCUCCACGUACCGUCACACCUGUGGUGGCACCCUGCUCUCCCACAACUGGGUGAUGACUGCUGGUCAUUGCAUCUGAUCUCGUACCUACCGCGUGGUGAUGGGCGAGUAUGACCUCACCAAAGAGGAGAGCAACGAGCAGAUCAGGAGUGUGGAGAAGAUCGUUGUUCACCCUGACUGGAAUGACAACUGCCUGUCCUGUGGCAAUGAUAUCGCCAUGAUCAAACUGGCCUCCUCUGUGGUUCUGAACGACAAGGUGCAGCCCUCCUGUGUGCCAGAGAGCGGAGAGGUCGCUCCUCACGACGACCCCUGCUACAUCACCGGCUGGGGGAGGAUCUACAGUGGGGGUCCCCUGGCCUCUAAGCUCCAGCAGGCUCUGCUCCCUGUGGUCAGCCACAGCGUGUGCAGCAGCAGCGGCUGGUGGGGGGGCACCGUGAAGACCACCAUGAUCUGCGGUGGCGGUGACAUCCACUCUGGCUGCCAUGGAGACUCAGGCGGCCCUCUGAACUGCAGGGGCAGGGACGGCCGGUGGUACGUGCAGGGAGUGACCAGCUUUGUCUCCUCUCGAGGAUGCAACACCCUCAUGAAGCCCACGGUGUUCACUCGCACCUCUUCCUUCACCAAGUGGAUCAGUGACACAAUGCUGCAGUACUGAAGACCUGGAGCCUUUUAACUGUCAAUAAAUCAACUUAAUCAACCA